UCACAGCUCCUCUCUCUCCACCCAUGAAGGGCAGACACACACGUUCUGACACACAGUUUGUGUAACUGGUUGCGCAGCAAGGACAGGGAAGCCUCAUGCUUUAGAGGAACGUCUGGGAAAGUCAGAUCUCUGGUUUCAGACAGGAUGGAAAGCAGAGGAUCCUGGAGAAGAUGACACAGACUGGCAGAGACUCCCCCAUUUCUGCACUGGAUGGUACCAUGGAAAACAUCUUCCAGUGCUUCAAUAGACUGCUGAACUUCUUCAAUUGUCAGGAUGCACUGGAUCAGUCCGGAGCUGACCGAUCCGGUCUGCUAUCCAGCGAAGAGAGCGAUUGUGACUCACCAAACCUGCGACACAGCUUGGAGGACGAUCUGCUGACCGUCUCCACUGGCAUUUCAAAUCCAGCCCUUGAACCAGAGCACUUUCUGUAUCCUGAUAUCAUUCUAAGCAGCAACCCAGGGGGGGAAGUAACUCUGGUGGAACCAAUGGUGUGUCUUUUGGUGUCUGAAGAGGAGGAGGGGAUGCUAAUUGAUGUGGAAGGACCUGACAGGGACAGCAGAGAGGGCAGAGAAAGCAGUUUCUCUGAGGCUGAGACCCAGACCGACACUGAGAGGCAGAUCGGUAUGGGGGUGCAGACUCAGACGGAGUCUCAGGCAGAGGUUCAGACAGAAGCAAUGACACCCACAAUUUACAAUGAGACCGUGGACACCGAAGGGCACACGCUCACAAACACUGUUUAUUGUGACGCGAAACCGGAAGAGGUAGACUUGGAAAUCAUGGGGACACAGAAAAAGGGAAAGGAAAGGACCGGCUCAGGGGACAGCCCUGACGUAAAGGCCUCCUCUGAGGAGGGGGAGUUUUUUGAGAGAAUGGGCGAGAAAUUCACAGAACUCCAAAAACAGUCAAUGACUGUUGAAGAGGACAGCUUUAAGCUGCAGCAGAGCAUCACAGCUGAUCAGGUUAACCCCAAACACAACAUGAAUGAGGACAGUCCUGCAAAACCCAGCAGUCAUUACACUGGAAUUGCACAGAACUUUGAACCGGUUGAAUGUUGUGAGGAGCAGAAUGUGCAAAGUAAUGACAGUGGAGCACAAAAGGCAGAGGCUUCUGUGCUGCCAGGAACUGUUGGAGGAAAAGACCUCCAAGACAUCCACUCAGACGAGACAACAGGGGGAUCCAUUGGCAACUUUGACCACAUUAUGUGUCAAGAAGACUUAUGCCAGCCAAAGAGGGAGGAGAAUGACAUCACCAGUGGUCUGCAACAUUUUUCAGCUGCCUUGACAGCGGUGGAGAGUGAUGAAGGGGCAGAGGCGAAGCAAAUGACCAUGUUUUUAGUCGACAGACUGUUUCUGGAAGCGCCGCAUUUCACAGCAGCUUCAGAGAACCAUAAGGAUGAUCUUGAAGAGGAGCCUGAAGAUGAGAAAAGAAAUCAGCUAAGUCUUCAAGACAUGGCCGAUCUCAAGGAGACAGACUUCACCAUCAGAAUUCAGUCUCCUGGAACAGAAAGUUUUGAACUUCAGGUGUCAGAGCGGAUGCUGGUGGCCGAGCUGCAUCAGGUUCUUAUGGAUCACGAGAUCACCUGCCACCGCACAUGCUUCUCCCUCCAGCUGGGGGGCGUCGCCCUCGACAACCUUGCUGAGCUGCGCUCCAUCCCGGGCAUGCAGGACGGAGCUCUCAUCAAGGUAGUAGAAGACUCAUACUCAGUCCGUGAUGUACGUCUUCAUCUCAGACACGUGCGGGAUCUCUUGAGGAGCCUUGAUCCGACAGACUCAUACAAUGGUGUGAAUGGCAGCUCGCUGUCUUACCUGUCCUCAUUUACCAGGAGAGACGGAGAUUGCGAAAAUGUGGGGAAGAGGCGGACCUCCGAAAAGGUGUCUGUGGACUGCAGCCCUCCUGCUUACAUCCUCCCCGGGUGCAAGGAGAGACCUCUUAUUCCUCUGCACCCUGUCAAAGGUGACUGGAAGUCUUUACAGUGUCUGCGGGUGCUGACCAUGAGCAGCUGGAACCCGCCUCCAGGGAACAGGAAGAUGCACGGGGACUUGAUGUACAUCCACGUCCUGACCAUGGAAGACAAAGAGCUCAACAUCACAUCCUCAACACGAGGCUUCUACCUCAACCAGUCAACUGCCUUCAACUUCAGCCCCAAGCCCACAGUUCCCAAAAUCCUUUGUCACUCUCUGGUCGAGCUGCUGAGUCAAUUCAGCCCCGUGUUCAAGAAAAACUUCAGUGCCCUGCAGAGGAGGAGAGUCCAGCAGCACCCGUACGAGCGGAUGGCAGCACCUUUCCCGGUGUUCAGCUGGAUCGCCCCUCAUGGAGACCACAGCCUUGACUGUGUCAGAGCAGAGGAGACUCACACCAGUCGAAUGGGCCAGGACGAGCACACGGCUGGACAGAGUCGGGACUGGAACGAGGAGCUGCAGGGAUGCAGGGAACUCCCCAGUAACUCACUACAGGAGCGGCUACACAGAGAGAGGAGCCUGUUCAAGACCAACAGUAACUUUGUUGCUGCCGCAGCACAAGGUGCGGUGGCCGUUAUCGACGGGGACGUCAUGCCGCUGAACCCCGGGGAGUCGGCUCAUCUGCAGAUGUUCGUGUGGAACAACCUCUUCUUCAGCCAGGGGUUCGACAUGUCGGAGCACUACAGGCCGCUGGGCGGGAACAGCGCCGCUCACGCUGCUCCACUGUGUGACCUGAGGGGAGCGCAGGCGUAUGCAUCAGUCGACACAGAGGGGCUUCACACACUUGGGACUGCAGUGGUGGACUAUCGAGGUAUCCGCGUCGUGGCACAGACCAUCGUUCCGGGCAUACUGGAGAAAAACCACGAGCAGAUAGUCUACGGCUCCAAUGACAAUGGGAAAACAGUUUUCACACAUCCAAGGUUUCUUGAGCUUCUGGAUAAAACCAGCAAACCACUGAGGAUCCAGCACCACCAGGUGCUCGACCACAAUGACAAACCGGUCCAGCUUUGCUCGGGCCUCUCGACCGUGGGCAUCCUCGGCAAUGACGGACGUCCAUACAUCCUGGACCUUCUGCGGACUUUUCCGCCAGAUCUGAACUUCCAGUUUUCAGACACAGAGAUAAUGGAAAAAGUUCCAAAGGAGUGCCAGAGCCUGGGUUACCCACGUCUUCAUCCUCACUGUCUGGCCAACCUGAGACGAGAGCUCAUAGAGGCCUUCGUCCAGCACAGGUAUGAGCUUUUUGUGAAAAUGGUGUCUCAGGAACUCAGUGAGAUUGGCAAACAAGAUGAAACCAAAGAGCAGAGUGAGGGGCCUGAACAUGGACCAGCAGGCACUGACGACGCAGAACUCCAGAGGAAGAACGUGAUCAUGAAAGCCUGUAAAGCUGUUGGAUCAAUCAGUGACUCCUGCUUUGACAUUCGCUUCAACCCUGAUAUUUGUUCCCCAGGAGUUCGUUUCCCCUCUGGUUGUGACGAGGAGCUUCAGAGUCACAUACAGCUGAUUUGGGACGCGGCUGCUUUUCUGCUCUCGAACCAGAUUCCUGCAGCGCUGCAAGACUGCCUGGAACACACAGCAGUGCCAAUGGAUGGCGCCACUCUGACUUCAGUGCUGCAUCAACGGGGUGUGAAUGUCAGAUAUUUGGGUACCAUCAUGCAGAAACUGGAGGAAAUGGAGGAGCGCGUGAGACUGAGCCACAUUCAGAGAAUUUCUAUGAGUGAAAUCAUCAUCAGAAGUACGAAACACAUCUUCAGGACGUAUCUACAGAAUGUGGAACCUGCAGCUUUCUCAGCAGCUGUCAGUCACUUUCUGAACUGCCUCCUGGGCUCCUCGGUCUGUUUGCCUGAUUCCGGCUCCGAUGAGCUCCUCUCCCGUCGAAGGAGCCGUCGCCGCAGGAGUCACGGCGGUCGAGCUGGCUCCUUACCAGACGGCGUGUGGGUGAAACUGAGUGCCGCUGAGCUGUGGAGCAGGAUUAGGGCCGAGGCAGAAGAUUAUUACCACUACACGGUCAACAGUGAAAGUCUGGAUGAACUGAUACAGAAGCACAACCUGCAGAGGAUUUCCCUUCUGAGAGAGCUCGCCAUCAAGACAGGCAUCCAGGUGCAACUGAGAGAGUACGUGUUUGACUCCCGACACAGGCCAGUGUUUGGGGAGGACGACAUCAUCAACAUGUUUCCUGUCUUCAAGCAUCUCAGACCUACAUCGGCGGACGCCACGCGGCUCGUGCAGCAGGCACAGCUGGCAGUGCAGCAGGGGCUUCUUAGAGAUGGUCAUGAACUGAUCGGCCAGGCCCUGACUCUGUUCAGCAGCGUGUGUGGGAUCCUGCAUGAGGACGUGUGCACGUGCCUGCGUCUCUUGGGACGGCUCAGCUAUGUUUUGGGUGAAAACGCUGAUGCCCUCAGCUACCAGGAAAAGGCAGUUAUGGGUUCUGAGAGAGUACAAGGUGUAGACCACCCACAGACCAUACAAGACUAUAUAUUUUUGGCCCUGUACUGCUUUGCUGGAGGCUGCCACUCAACCGCCCUGCAGCUGCUGUAUCGUGCACGCUACCUCACUCUGCUUGUUUCUGGAGACGAUCAUCCACAAGUAGCACUGUUGGACAGCAUGCUGGGUCUUUUACUUUAUGGACUGAUGGAAUAUGAGCUAUCGAUAAAGUACCUGCAGAAUGCCUUAAAUAUGACAUCAAAGUACCAUGGUGAAAGAUCCAUGAACCAUGCACAGAGUCAUCAUCUGCUGGCCAUCGUAGAUGAGAGUAAAGGGGAGUUUCGGUCAGCUCUGCAGCACGAGAAAGAGGCUUAUUCGAUAUACAAGAGCCAGGUUGGUGAGAACCAUGAGCGUACAAAGCAAAGCUCUGAGUACCUGAAGCAUCUCACUCAGCAGGCGGUGAUCCUUCAGAAGGCCAUCAACCACCUUUACAAUGACAGAGCAAGUGCCUGCACAGCAGCUCCAAAGUUUUCCACACCAAACCUUCCUGAUAUCCUUCAUCAGCUCAACCUGACAUGUGGAAUUAUUCUGAUCCCACUCAGUGCAAAAGAAUUUGCUGACCUGAGGAAUGAACUGAGAGGAAAGGAAAAAGUCACAGUAGAAGAACUGGAAAAACAACUUUUAAGGCAAAAAGGCCCAAAAAAUGAUAACGACAGAUGAAUAUAUUUAACUUUGGACUAAAGUUGCAGUAUUGCAUUCUUGCAUAAUGUGAACAUAGACACAAAUAAACAAGAAUAAGUGGUGUACAUUAACAUAGAUUUUUCUUUGAUAUAUAGGAUCUAUGACAAAAUAUUUGUAGCUUAUAUUCAGAAUUCCUCACCCCAUUUUUUAAUGACAAAAAAAGCAUGAUGUCACAUUUCAAAUGUUGUCUGUUGAAUAAACAAUCACAGUUUGUUUCAGAUUCAUUGUGAACUAAGACAAAAAUAAAAGGAAUGCUGU